AUGGCUUCUGCGCCCGAGCAAGCUCUUCUGCCAAUGACUUCGGCACCAAAUGAGCAGGCUGAGUGCUUCUUGGGAGAGAAACUCGGCAAGGAAAUGGUUGCAAUCUUCGUCGGUCCCAAAAGAAAAGAGUUUAUCAUACACAAGGAGCUGAUUUGCGAGUCGGAAUUCUUCAAGGGUGCAUUCAUGAGCUCAUUCGCCGAAGCACAAGAAGGUAUCAUGUACCUUCCUGACGACAAUCCCGCUGCAUUCGAUCUAUAUGUCGAGUGGGCAUAUCGAAAGCGAAUCCCUAAUGGACAUACUGAGACCUACCUGUACAGUUUGUUCGAUCUAUAUAUCAUGGCUGAUAAAUUCUGCAAUACCGUACUAAAAGAUAAAGUCAUGGAUACAAUUCAAGACAUCGCCAAGAAACACAACCUGCUGGAUCCAAUAUUCCCCAAGGAGCUGGUCCUAAAAGUUUUCGAAUCAAGUUCGGACGACAACGGAGGCUUGGCAUUAUUCGUUAUCCAUCUGAUGUGUUAUGCAUUUCUUUCGAGGAUGGAGGGCAAAGGAUGUGGAGGGAGCAAGACCCAGUCAAACAAGACUUUCAAGGAUGAUGAUUUGGACUUGAUGUGGGAUCUGGGAAAGGAGAGUAAGACAAUUUUCAAACUAUUCCAGGAGCGAGUUUUGAAAACUGUUAGAGGACCUUCGAACAAAACAACCGUCGAUCCCCGGGAUAGAGACGAGAGCAGAACGCAAAGUCUUUGCCAAUUUCACAGCCACCAGGAGGGGUUUUAUUGCCGAGGAGAAGACGACUGCACACAAUCUGGCUUCAUUCUUGAUGUUAGCAGAAAAAGUUGCUUGACUGUCAAGAAAGUUGUUUUAAACCUCAUCAGCACUCCUGGAGAUAAAUUAUAUACACUCGCAAGAGUAGCCUCAAGGAGCGACAAAUUCAAGGUCAACCAUGGCAAGUCAUCUUGGACCCUGGUUUUGAGCAAACAAGAUCGUUUGCUUCAGGUUUACAACGAGUUCAACGAGCAUGUUCUCGAAAUCCCUAUCGGCGGAAUUGACAGAAUUGUGGCCUGUGAGCUUGGGGCUAGUCCUCAAAUGAUCAUCCACAGAUCAAGAUACAGUGAUCCUUUCAGACCUGCCAUUUGUAUGGAAUUCAAAACCACGGAACAAUGCAAUACAUUCAGCGAGGAUCUGCGUGCUGCUUGCAAAACCUCCUUCAGCUUGAAGCCAACUUCAUACGUUGAGAAAGCAUUCCAAGGCAUCCUGCUUGGCUCGAUCUGA